CAACGGAUUCAGAAUUUUUUUUUUCUUCUUUAUGGAAAUAAAUUUUCUAAUUCUAAUUAAAAUAAUUUUUGAUUGAUAAUAAAUAAAUAAAAGUUUGAUUUGUUAACAAAUGAAACAAGCCGAAAUGGCCAAUGAAACGGGAUGGCAGUCUUGCUUAUGGGCCACUUAUAGCCGACCGAAUACGCUAGUCACUAUUGGCAUGGAGGCGUUAGCUUUGCUACAUGAUCAUACUAUACAUUUUACGGAUUUAAAGAGCGGCAAGAAACUGUAUUACACCAUUGACAGUCCCACUGUUGGACUGGGAGCACGAAAUCUCGCUGGGCACUUUUCGCUGCCAAUGUUUGCCUAUUCAGAGACAAUAAUCCGACCAAAUAUACACAUUGUUCGCUACCCGGAUAUGCAUAAGCUAUUUGUAUUUCAGAGUAAAAAUGUCGUUAGCUAUUUGGAUUUACUGUUCUCAAACCAUGACCUACUUAUCGCCCUAAGUGGCUUCCCUGACUACUCUUUUCGCAUAUGGAAUUGUCGUACGGGCCAGCUUUUAGUCGAAGUCAAAACUGGCAUCAAAUGCGCACACUACACAUUAAAAUGCUCCAGCCGCAAUUGGCCUAUGAUAAUGCAAUACUCGAAGUUCGAGAAAGAAAUCAUUUUUUGGGAAAUACACUACACAGCGGAGGCAACGAGGCUACAUGAAAUUUCACGUGUACAAAUACCGAAGGCCCAUUCGUUGAGCACACAAUUCUCCAUGUGUUUCCUGGACGAUGUGAUGUAUGUGGUGAAUGAUUACGGUGUGGUUUUCAGUGUUGAGGUUGCUCAGUUCUAUUUGCUACGCCAAUGGGGCACCACUUUCACUUAUCAAGGCUUACCAAAGGCAUAUAGUUUAUACUCGCACAAACAUGGCCUCAUGAUUGUCGAUCAGAAUUCCGUUACGUUCAUAUCUCGCAAGCGUAAUAUCUGGACGGUAGAAUGGGUGAUGGAAAAACUAAACAUACCCCUUGGAAAGAUAGUUUCGAAUUUCACUGGAGAGAUCUACGUUGCCGAUCAUGUGGGUUCACUGUAUCAAUUGCAAGUAGACCGAUUCGCCGGCACGCUGAACGAGCUCUCUGUGGGUAAUUACACUGUGCAAGACUUUAGCACUUUGAGAGGUUUGAAGGAGGAGAACCUACUUGUACUCACACGCGAUUAUAAGGUGUUUGCUGUAGAUAUUAGCAACAAUACCAAUUACUCAGAGUUGGUUAUACCGAAGGGCUGCUGCAUUGCCACACACAAUUCUAUGCCAUAUGCCGCUGUCGGCACCGAAGAAGGGCAAUUGUACUUUUUAUCUUUCGAGAAGAUACGCGCUCCUGCCGUUAUGCACAUAAUGGAGGCGGAUAAGCAUCGCAUCUCUGGCAUACGCUUGAUGAAUCAGACUGGUCUAAUCUUGAAUAUGCACAACUCUUACAAAGAGCUCUUGGUGGAUUUCAAGGCUGAACGUUUUAUAUUACUGAUACCAUUGCUGAGCCGUCCUGACAUACAGGUGCUCAAUUUUUACUUGAUCGAAACAGAUUUUGCCUUAUCAUUUUUAAGCGACGAUGUUGGCAACAAUUCCCUCAUUCCGUAUGCGGACGAAAUGUGGGUCUCUUCGUGGCUUAAUGCUGAGAACGUGGUGAAGCGUCGCAUAUUCAAGCUGCCGAAGAAAUAUCGCUGUAUUACUCUCUUACAAGUGACAAACAGGGAUAACGUGGAAUUUGUCGCUUUGCCAUUAGACAGUCUCGAUUUGGAUUUAUAUGUUGUAAAGAAUGCGGAAAAUGUUUUCCUAAUGCGUACCCUGCAUACAUUCCAUAUGGGCUAUAUUUUUGGAGUAACGGGCGCUCGCCACAUUAUCACCUAUGGCAUUAGUACGCUGAUGAUUCAUUUUCGCCUUCAUAAGCGCUCCACAAAACCAUAUGCAAUAUGUCGGAAAUUGUACGGAAGCUAUUCGCAACGAAUAAUACGACGCGUGGAGGAGAUCUACAGUACCAAAUAUUUGGUAGUUUUACUCGAUUCUGGUUGUCUAAAGGUAUCUCGCCUUCACACACUUGCUGAUAAUCUACGCGAGAACACUGAAGUACUUGAUAAACCAAUUGAGCUGGAGUUAGAUCGAGUGAAUGUUACACCUUGCAUGGCUUCAAUUGAGAAGAAACCGGUUUCGCCACGGAGUCUUGAGCUGCGUGCUGCCAUCGAUAAACGGAUUGUUGAAUUGGAGAACGAAGUGCGUGCUCUCAUCGAUUACGAUAUCUCGGUGACAGGCAAAACACAAGGUAUAUAUCGCAAAUUCUGCCUCAACUAUAAUUGGUUGACUAAAUUGAAUGUGGAGGCGCGUAAGGUGUGUGAAAUCGAACGACAGUCUUUGGAGGAGAGUAUUUUGGACAAAAGUCGUAUACGUGAUUGGAUACUGAAUUUAAUUACUGCCGAUACAGCAAAGAUAAGCAUCAAGAUUCAUGCCAUAUUUGCUGAGAAUUUAUUCGAGAAUUAUUCGCUAAGCAAAACUGUGAAAGAAUUGGCUGAGUUUUUCGACUUGUAUCGCUUUCAAGAUAUUGAAGCAGACGAAGAGGAGGAAGACAUAGAAGAGAAUGUUCCGCAGAAAGAACCUGGUAGGGGUGAAGUAGUAGUUGGCGUUGAUGACGAAGACGAGAACCCCCCUGAAGAGGUUGCUGUAGUGAAGAAAAAGCGUAAACUGUAUCAAAUUGUGGGUAAUGUGUAUGAACAUAUAAUGGCAGAGGAUUUCCAACUGCAGGACAUAAACCUUGUUACGGCAAAUCAAAUGUACAACGAGGAUAUAAAAUUUAAGAUGCUUUUGGAGGGACCUUUGCGUGAAGAGUUCAAUAAAAUAUUUGAUGAGGUACAGCAAUACAAGCAAGAAAUUAUGAGUAAUAUACUAGACACAAAUGCAUCCCUGAAUCACAUCUAUGAAGACAUGAAUAUUAUGCUGCAACUGUUGGGUUUGAAAACUUUCAUAGCUGAAAAGCUUUCGGUGCCAGCCUUAAUGAACGACGAAGUGCUGGAGCGUAUAAUGACGGUUGACGACUCUGAGAUCAAGGCAAUUAACCGACGUGCCAAGAAGGCAGUUGUUAGUGAUCAAAAACAUGGACGUAUGCUGCUGUGGUCCCUGGACUUUUGGAUACGUGCGCUAAAUACUAUGAUGGACGGUGUGCUGGAGAAGUUGUGGGAGGAGGAGAUCAAAAAGACGCCACCCGAACCAGAAUUUUUUUCUAAGCGGCAACCACACGAAUACACUUUAGAGGAUCAAAAGCUUUUGCGUAUAUAUGAAGAAACUUUGCGUCUCUUGAAGGAAGAUCGUCAAAAAUACCUACGUAUUUUGAAUGUAAAUGAGCGUAAAACAAUCGACUUGAAAAAUAAUUAUAUCUAUAAGUUCAAUGAACGUUGCGCCCAAAUGGCAGUGCUAAAACUGAAAUAUGAUUUGGCUUUGGAACAUUUUCGUGUGCGCUUACUGGGAUUGAAAGUGACUUUCUAUGAGCGGGUAAACUUACGAAAAUCAAUGGAAGAAUUGAAAAAUGACACCGACAAGGCCACUGAAUAUAUUAAUCGGUAUGUGAAGUUAAUUGAUUUUUCCGACAAAUCCAUUGCGGACAUUAAACAGGAUAUGGAAUAUUUGAAUUCUCGUGAUAAAACGCUUGAACGUCAAUUUAAGGGCAAUUUUCUGAGCAAUAUUCCGACUUUCAUGCACGAACUGAACAAACUCUUUAGACGGCGCCCAAAAAUGUUGCAGCGUUCAUUCCAAUCGGCACUGGUGUGUCACGAGGUCGCCGCUCGUUUGGUGCAUAAGAGUCGCUCCAAUUUUCCAUUACCCAUCGAGGUGGAGGAAUAUUUUCACAAUUUGCUAACCUUAGACGAUCCACAGAAUGCGCCGCAUCAGUUGGACUCAAAAUAUUGGGAUCAAUUUGUGCGUUUGCGACGACAGAAAAUUGAAAAUGAGCUUAAAAUCAAGGGUAAUGGUUUUAAUUUGGCCGAUUCUCAAGAAAAAUUGAAUAAUUACAUAACCGAAUUGAAUAGUUUGAGAUUUGUCAAACAGCAAAUGAUAACCGAAACGGAUCGUUUGUCCGGGCAGUAUGUUAACAUCUUGCAAAAUCAAAACUUGGAACUUGUUUUGCCCUUGGGUCAAGUUGAAACCCAAAUCGGCGGAUCGUUGAAGAAUUUGCAAACCUGCAUUCUAAUGAAUAUUGACGACAUAAAUGAUGUGAAUAAUAAUAUUAAGAAAGCAGGUGCCAAGAAGCUACGUACCAUGCAACGUUUAGCUAUCUAUCGACGCCAAGUGCUUUACAAGGAGUGGGAACACAAGAUGUAUCGAGCCAAUAUCGAUUAUCUCAAGUAUAUGUUGGAGGUAAUAGAGAAGUGUAAGGUUACAGCAGAAUUUCUGCAAUUGUUACGUAACUGGAAGAAAGUCAGGGAGGAGCGCGGCAAGCUGAUGCGAAUUGGCGGUAUAGAGCAACUGAUUGAGCAGCGCGUGGCGGCAUAUCGCAAGAAUUUGGAGGUCAUUAUUGAGAAAAUUGCCGAAUGUAAAGAUCAAAUUUAUGAAGUUAAACGCAAAAGCCAGGCUACAAAUCGGGCAAUCGACGAGGUGAAAGUAGAUGUGGCUAUGUUCACUGCUAAUCGCGAUACUCUCUUGGAGGAGAAAUUGCAGAGGGAGCGCAAUGAAAGAAUGGAAAAGAUAAAACGUUACAGUUUCCUCAUCAACGAGGUGCGCCAGGACUACGCCCACAUACUCGAGUUGAAGACGAUUUUAGAACUACAACGUUUACGCACAUUUCCAACACUGGGACCACCACCUGAAGAGUGUGGAAAUCCAUUGUCUUGAGUUCGUUUCUCUUUUUUACUUAUUGAGUAUCGUUUUGUUAAUUUUAUAUUUAUUUUAUAGUUUUUGAUUUUACAGAAAUAUUCAUGCUUGGUUGAUUAUGUGUCGCAUAUGCGUACAUACGUACAUAUAUGUAGAUAUAUUUACAAUACAUUCGUUGAUGUGAAUUAUCUGUAUUAUUCAGAUCAAACAGUAUAUGGCUAAUAACGGUAGGAAGAGAUGUAAGAAUGCCCAAAUCCAGUAAAGACUGUGAAGUAAAAAUUUUAUUAUGAGACUUCAGUUUUCCCAUACAUUUUCCACCACUCACCGUGCGAUCUUCCACCUGCUGACAUUCUCACUGAAAUGCUCAUGAUGCAGAUACUUUUGUAUGCCAAUCACAAACUCUCUGAUAUAAGUGUCAUAGUCCAGCGCUUCUAAGUUCCAAGAUACGUGAUGCAAAGCCUUAUUUUGUAACAACUC